AUGGGCGCCUUCAGCCAACUCACCGAAACCGCUAAGACCAAUCCCUUCAGCCUGCCGGUCAGGACCGCUAGCUGUGCCAGCCCUUCUUCUGCCGUAGGUGUUACCACAACAGCAGUGUCUGUAAUGCGAGCUGAGCAGGUUGAAUUCGGAAGUCUCAAGUACUACAUAUACUGUGCUUUUGGAGGAGUCGUGUCCUGCGGAAUCACCCACACCGCCAUUGUUCCACUCGAUCUCGUGAAAUGCAGAAUUCAGGUUAAUCCAGAAAAGUACUCCGGUAUUCUUACUGGUUUCCGAACCACUGUUUCGGAGGAGGGAUUCAGAGCGCUCGCCAAAGGAUGGGCUCCAACUUUCGUUGGAUAUUCCAUGCAAGGACUUGGAAAGUUCGGAUUCUACGAAGUUUUCAAGAACGUCUACUCCGAGAUGCUUGGAGAGGAGAACGCCUAUCUCUACAGAACUUCUUUGUACUUGGCCGCUUCUGCUUCUGCUGAGUUUAUUGCUGAUAUUCUUCUUGCACCAAUGGAGGCUACCAAGGUCCGUAUUCAAACUGCUCCAGGAGCUCCACCAACUCUUCGCGGCUGCGCCCCACUUAUCUACAAGACUGAAGGACUUACUGGAUUCUACAAGGGACUUCCACCACUCUGGUUGAGACAAAUUCCAUACACCAUGAUGAAGUUUGCAUGCUUCGAGAGGACUGUUGAGCUUCUCUACCGUCAUGUUGUUCCAAAGCCACGUGCCGAGUGCUCUAAGGGUGAACAACUUAUUGUUACAUUCAUUGCUGGAUACAUUGCUGGUGUUUUCUGUGCCGUUGUUUCUCACCCAGCUGAUACCAUUGUAUCGAAAUUGAACCAAGAUGCUUCGGCUACUGCUGGAGGAAUCCUUAAGAAGCUCGGAUUCGCUGGAGUCUGGAAGGGACUUGUUCCACGUAUUAUCAUGAUUGGUACCCUUACCGCUCUUCAAUGGUUCAUAUAUGAUUCUGUGAAAGUUGCCCUUAACCUUCCACGCCCACCACCACCAGAGAUGCCAGCGUCGUUGAAGGCUAAGCUUGCUGCUCAAGGAAAAUAA